GCUAUUCCGCAGUAGUCCAGGUAAAGAAAAUCACUUUGUCGCGUAACGCUCCGCUUUUAAAAUCCCUUUGUCCGCAGUCCGCACGUCGGUAGUAAGUCGUAAUUGUUGAUUUUUCGACGAAAACCCGGCCUGGAAAAUGCGACGCCAGAUUAUUUCUGACCCUUGUUCAAAGUGCAACGAAGAUAAUUAAAAACAAACCCGAUAUAUUUUUUCCUCUGUUUGUAUUUCGGUUUAUGAAAGUGGUUUUUUCUUAUUGGAACACGAGUGCCUUUCAGUGCAGAAGGGAGUACGAAUGGAUACACAAAUUUUUUGUUCGAUGCAGAAGGGAGGAAGAAUGGAUUUUCAAAUUUUCUACGCCAAGAAGAAGGAUAAAAACAGAAACAUACAUCUAGCUAGAGUAUUCCUUGAGGAUGAUGCUCAAAUAAAUAAAAAACUCCCAAAGGAAUUACUUCUAAGGAUUUUCUCUUACCUCGAUGUUGUUUCGUUAUGUCGGUGCGCCCAGGUAUCGAAAUCCUGGAAUAUCCUAGCACUUGACGGAUCCAAUUGGCAGAGGAUCGACUUAUUCAACUUUCAGAGAGAUGUCGAGGGACCCGUGAUAGAGAACAUCUCUAUACGAUGUGGAGGCUUUCUCAGGAAACUGAGUCUCAACGGAUGCCAGUCAAUCGCAGACGGCUCAAUGAAGACUCUUGCUCAACUCUGCCCGAACAUUGAAGAUUUAAAUCUCAACAAAUGCAAAAAAAUCACAGAUAGUACUUGCCAAGCACUCAGUAGGUACUGCUCUAAGCUGAGUAGAUUAAAUGUCGGUUCUUGCUGUAAAAUAACAGAUUUAUCUUUAAAAUCCCUUGCUGAUGGGCAGCAUAAUUUAACCCAUGUAAAUAUUUCUUGGUGUGACAACAUCACUGAUAAUGGUGUUGAAGCAUUGGCUAGAGGUUGUCCGAAGCUUAAAUCUUUUGUAUCUAAAGGCUGCAUACAGUUGACGGACAAAGCUGUUGCUUGCCUUGCUCAAUACUGCACAAAUUUGGAAGUCGUGAACCUACAGGAAUGCGUGAAUGUUGAAGACAACGGGAUCGGGAAACUGGCAGUCAACUGUCCCAAACUCCAUAAUUUGAGCCUGUCGGGUUGUGCAAGAUUGACAGAUUUGUCAUUGGUCAGUCUUGCUCAACAUUGCCACCUUCUGUCCACUUUCGAGGCUGCUAGGUGCAAUCAGUUCACGGACACCGGAUUUCAAGCACUAUCAAGGAGCUGUCGACUCCUCGAAAAGAUGGAUUUAGAAGAAUGCGUCCUUAUUACAGAUCAAACAUUAAUUCACCUUGCUAUGGGUUGUCCACAUUUAGAAAAAUUGAGCCUAUCACAUUGCGAAUUGAUAACAGAUGAUGGAAUCAGACAUUUAGGCACUUCCCCUUGUGCAGCUGAACAUUUGACUGUACUCGAGCUGGAUAACUGCCCACUUAUCACCGACUCAUCACUCGAGCACCUCAUCACAUGCCAUAAUCUUCAACGUGUAGAAUUGUACGAUUGUCAACUGAUAACCAGGGCAGGAAUUAGACGUCUCAGGAGCCAUUUGCCGAAUAUAAAGGUGCACGCUUAUUUCGCCCCAGUCACUCCUCCUCCUUCCACUGGCGGUACGAGACAGCGCUACUGCAGAUGUUGUGCUAUUCUUUAACAAGUUAUGUUUUUCUUCUUUUUUUUUUUUUUUUUUCUUUUUAGAUAUUCAUUUUGGUAUGAUAUUACCACUAUGUGUAAAUAGCAUUCACUUAUCACAAGAAAAAAAUGUAAAUAUUUUUAUAUUACCUUUGACUAUUAUCUAAAUUGAUUUUAUGUUGUUUUUAUUUUUUACUUUUAUUAUAACUAUUAAUUUAUCUGUCUGCUUCUUCAUUCGUGAAUGUAUACAAUAAAAAAGUUGCAGAUAAUGACUGAAAAUGUAUUAUCGUUUAAUAUUAAUUUUUUUUCCAUUG